CGAAUACAAAAGCUUUAAAUUAAAUAUGUGCAAGUCCGAUUGUGCCUGCAUGGAUGAUAUGUGUUGCUCUCUCCGAGGUAAAAGCAUCUUUCUAGCUUGCUGGACUCUGGCUCAUACCAUAGUUUUAAUUAUAACGACUUUUUUAUCAUUUUGUACAGGAAUCGAAAAUCCGUAUGUGCUGGCCAAUACUAUAAUAAUUACGAUUACUCAUAUGUUAGGAUCAAUAUUUUUAUUUGUUGGUAUUUAUAAAGAAAAAGCCUGGGCAUUGUUACUCGGCAUCAUAUUUAGCUCUAUCAUGCCGUAUCUUAAUCUUAUACUGAUAUAUCUGCCAACUGUUCAAAUUAUCUUCACCAUAACCUCUUGCAGAUAUUAUAAAAUUCUUCAAGGGGGAGCCGCUAAACAGUAAAAAAUGAAUUUUCGGACAACAAAACUGUGUCUUUAAUUGUAUACAUUUUUAAGAUUGGAAUAAAA